GUUUGUAGUGGAACCGACCGCGCGGCACCAGGUUCUGCGCACAUUCGCGGGAAGUCGAAUAUCCGUUGCCAGGAAGCAUCUGUCGCCGUACGCGCCGCAUCGCUCAUAACACGCAGAUAUUCAAACGAUAGCGACCUUUGCCAGCGCGCGAACGAUCCGCGGUCGAGUAAGUGAGAAAACACCACUCCGAGCGCCCCAGUACGGGUGAGAAGGUGACCACCGAAGGGACGGGCUCCAAUCGAGCUUCAAUCCGUGACGCGCGUCUCGCGGAGCCACCACCGUCAUCAUCGCCAUCAUCGUGGAUGCAAAGCAAGCAGGCAAGCUGCUGCCGUUGUGGCCAACGGGGAACGCUCACCAUUUGAAAGCACACCAAACGGGCCAACACCACACCAGAAGCGAACUGUCCUCCCUGGUGCUUGGUGAUGUGCAAAAGGCGCCCCAGCAAGGGCUCCGAUGGUGAAGUUUAAAAUGAUCCAACAAUGAUGCAGUCGCUGCCUUCGAAAGAUGAGUGUGAAAAUGAUCCUGCGAAAAACCGUUUGGUGAGGUAUCGAAAACAUCGACGAUGUGCCAAAGUGUGUGACCGAGCCGGAUGAGCCGGAUUGGUGCGGGAGUGAAGUGAUCGUGCAAAACCAAGGUUUGGCUGAGUGUGUGAGAUUUGACAGUGCAAAACGCGGGGCCCUUAAAAACCGAUCCGCCCCGCGAAGGGAACGGCAUUUUCGUGCGUCCGGCCGGACAAACCCAUUACAUGUUCAAUGCUAAAACACAUACAUACCGGGCCCGUAACGACGGGCCAAAAUCGUUCGAUCCGGAGCACGGCCGGUGGCGGAGGCCUCGGCCGUCCGAUUCCGCCGCUGAACGUCUCGACCGUCUCGGCCAGCUCGGCCGCAACGGGCAACUCGACCAGCACUGCCGCCGCCGCCGCCGCCGUUGCGUCGAAACAUAUGAACGGCGGUCCGCCGCGGCUGCUGUCCUCAUCGUUCAUAACGCCAUCGAUCGGCUCGACGAACGGUGUCACCGGCAACGGGAAUGUGGCCAGCCACGCCAACAGCAUCCUACACAACACGUCCACCCUCAGCGGGCUGGCACUCGGCAACGGGACGAUCGGUGGAGCUGGGGUAGGCGGCGGCGGCGGCGGUGGCCUCAAUGGCGGAGGAGUCGGAGUGGGAGUGUCGGGCUUUAACCAUAACAACUCGACGACGAACAACAACAUCCUCAGCAGCACGAUCAACAUGAACAAGGACCGGUUGGGUGCCCGGGAGGCCCUGACCAGCCUCGGGUUGCUCUGUUUGGUGUCCCUCCUGUUGGCCCUGCUGUCGUUGAUAUUUCUACUGAAAAUUUCUCCCGGUGGCCGAGAACCACCCCCGCCCACCGUCGGCCCGGCCGUGCUCGAGGACUACGCCAUCGUGUACGACGUGACGCUCGCCCUGUGCGCGCUGUCCCUCUCGUUGAACCUCUGCUGCCUGCUGGUGUGUGCCAUUCAGUUCCUGUUCGCCGUCAAGCUGGUCCGCGCACCUGCCACGACCGGAAGAGGCAACAAAUACUUGCAAAAGUCAAGCGUGAGCCGUGUCUGCGCGGUGGGUGGAUUUUUCAUUUCGAUACCCAUCUUUUUGACCGGUAUCAUCCUGUACACGUUCACUCAGUUCCACUCGACGCCGGCCAUUGUGACGAGCAUCCUUAUUGGCGUCGGGAUCGUGUUCUGCGGCGGUGCCAUGGUGCACAACGUAUUCGUCUGGCAGCGGGAAAAGACGAUCAGCGUCCGGCAAACGCCACUCAACCUCAAUCUCACCCUCUCACCCCAGAUCAGCACGAUAUCGACGACGGCGGCGGCAGCGGCCGCGGCGGCUGCCGCAGCCCAUCACUACCAGAACCAGAAUGGGCAUGCGACGGGCGCGGGCAAUCACCACCACCAUAUCAGCCUCAAUCACGUGUACAGCAACCACAACCAUACGCCGCUCACACACAACUCGCAGGCGAGCCAUACGACGCCGAUCACGCAGCUGACGCCGGUCACGCCACUGUCCGGGAACCAUUCGCACAUCAGCUUCAACCAUUCCUACGUGCCGCCCCCGUACGGUGGCGGAGGGGUACGGGCGGCCACUGCCACGCCACCGACGCCGAAGGUGAUCGGGUCGCUGCUGAACCGGGACGCGUCCGGAUCCGUCAGCCCGGGAAUGCCCGGUGGCAACAAUAACAAUCUCGACAUGAGCAAUGUCACGACGGCUAACUCGCCGCACGAGCUAUCCACGUUGGUUUGAGAUGUCGAAUAGGACAGGGACAGAGGAAAAGAACUCAUCGCUCAGCGUAUCGGCGGUUUGCGAUACGGCGAGACGAUUGUCAAUGUACCUUUUUGUUUAUUUCUUUAUUAUUUUUGUUUUCUGUUAGUCGAACAGAGAGAUAUAGAGAGGGGACGCACUAACGAGCGUCUUCUGCUGCUACCCAAGCAGAACCGGAACCGCCAAUCUUAGUUGCCCCCAAGGUGGAUUCUCACUUGCGUCUCUUUAAAGAGGCGCUUUUCGAGCCCAUGGAAGAUACGGAACUCGAUUUUAUACCCACCUUUUUCGGCCGUGCGAAGGAAACGAUGUUGCGUUUGCAUCGUGCAUUUCGUUGAGAUUUUAAUUUUUAAUUUUAAACCGAUUCGAGCGCCGUACUACUUACCCUAUUGCAUUACACACACAUACGUGUAAGCUAUGCCGAGAAUUGUACAAAUUUGUUUGUUUUUGCCCCGCUAAGAUGUAAGAAAGCUUCGGUCGAGCAACGUAAACUGAACGACACAUUCGUUGGGUAAGAAAAAUAUUUAUUGCAAGUGUACUUAGUUAUGGAGUGCAUGUAUUGCUGGAUGAAAUUUUUAGGUUGAAAUAGUGCGAGAAGGAAAUCGAGGAUCGCUCCGUCCAAUAAACGAACGAUCGUUAGUUAGGAUUCGGUAAAAACAACCCCGAACACGAGCUACAAGACGUACUGAUGAUUAUCUGGCCUUUAUAAAAACGAGAAUAGUUUGUAGGUUUUACUUUAGUUAGAGUUGUACAGCGAGUGUGCUGGAAAAGAAUGUUGUAAGGGAUAGGACAUGUAAUUUUUUUAUACCUGCGAAAAAAAUACAAACAACAUCACCAAGUGGAUAUGUUUUA